AUGGCACGCACGUCUCCACCGGGACGGGUCAUGACGGCCCUCGCACUGGCCACACCGGUGGAUCAAGCAGAAGCGACCUUCAUCCGGAAUAGUGAGAUCCUACGGUCCUUCAGGAUCCUCCGCUUGACGCGGAUCUGCCGCAUGGCCAAGCUGGUGAGGUUCUUCCCAGAGUUGCAAAUCCUUAUCAAGGCCAUGCUCACGGCGUUCCGCUCUGUCUUCUUUGCACUGGUCUUGCUACUGGCCUCGCAUUACAUGGUGGCCAUUGCCUACCACGUGACCCUCAAAGGCUCCGCGGUCGGCUCUGCAAGCUUCGACUCGGUGUUGGCAUCCAUGCAGACCAUUUUCAUCCAUUGCACUUUGCUCGAUGAAGUCAUCAAUUUGGUGGACCAGUUCACCGCCGAAGGCCUCUACGUCCACCUCGUGUGUCUCUUGGAUGAAGGCAUUUUUUAG